AUGGCGAAAAACGUUUUGCUGACGUGGGUGAACUGCGGCAGCGCCCGCUGGGCCACGCGGGUGCAGGACGCCUUCACCGCGGGGAAGCUGCUGGCGCUGGCGCUGAUCGUGGGCGCCGGGGCCGUGCUGAUGGGCAGAGGUGAGCACUUUUGGCUCCGCCCCUCGCAGGCCUUCACCUUCUGGGCGGGGCCGGGGGCGGGGCCUCUGUUCCUGGCGUGUCUCCAGGGCUCCUUCGCCUACGGGGGCUGGAAUUUCCUCAAUUACGUCACCGAGGAGCUGCGGGAGCCCCAGAGGAACUUGCCGCUGGCCAUCUCCAUCUCGCUGCCGCUGGUCACCUUCCUGUACGUGGCGGCCAACGUGGCGUACCUGGCGGCCAUGAGCCCGCAGGAGAUCCUGCAGAGCGACGCCGUGGCCGUGGUGAGCCCGCCCGGGGCCGGGAUUUGGGGCGAAAAGCAGAAAAUUUGGGAAAAAACACUGAAAAUUUG